AUGCAUUUGUAUGCGUUUUCCAGAUCUGGUGCAGAAACACUUUUUGUUGUGUCCAAAAACAGCUUUGAGAAUUAUCCUUGCCUUCAGCGUUUUUCAAUGACCAACAUUGAUGCCAUCCAGAAACAGCAGUUAACCACUGUGAUGGACAGGAUCGAGGAGCAGUUUGAGAUGGAGAUGCAGAUGUACACACAGGAUGAAAUCUUUGCCCGAACACUGACGCCAGCACAGAAGGAAACCCCAGGGGAAACUGACUGCUCAGGUUAUGACACCAGGAGCAAGUACCCUGAACUCCUCAAUUCAUACUUUGAGAUCGUGGUGCAGCGACUGGCGGACCAGGUGCCCAUGCUGAUCCGUUACUUCAUCCUGAAGGAGUCAGCCAGGAUCCUGUCCAGUGAGAUGCUGGGCCUGCUGAACAGCGAUGACUUGGACGAGAUGCUGAAGGAGGAAUCAGAGAUUGGCCGGAAACGUGAAGCCUUGAGGGAAAAAGUCAAGCGUCUUGGACUGGCCAAUAACAAGAUCAGUAGCCUCUGGGAUCAGAGUGGUUGACAUUGUGAUGUAACCAACCAGGGCUGAAUAACUGUCCCACAAUCAUUUUACCUGCAAUUAAUCAACAUACAGAAUAUUUUAAAAGAUGGACAUUUUAGUGCUGUCAAAUUUGGGAUUCAGAGCACUGAAAAUGCUAUUCCCAUUGUCACAGAACACAGCUAUACUCUCAAAAGCUCUGGCCUUUUAUACUAUCAUCACAUAUCCGCAAAAUAUUUAAUCUCAAAAUUGACAAAUGAAAGAUGUUAAGACUGUUUUUGAUAUGAUUAAAACUGACAAAUUGUCGCUGACGUACAGUAAGUAAACCUUGUAUCUCCAAAACGUAAACAGCCGUACCAUUAAUGAUCAUACAAGCAACAAAACUUCAGAAGCUAUUAGAGUACAUACUGUGAAAAACGGACUACUUAUAAUUAAUGUAAACAUGUUGGGCAAAAAUUUGAGUCGCAGGGUUUUCUUUUUCGACAGCAACGAAUGGAAAUAAAUGUUGUAUCCCGUCCUUUUCUAAUUGGUCGAAGGGGCAUCAGCACUGAGAAUAAUGUUAUGAUAGCAUCAUGUAUACUUGAUGCCUGUAAAUAACAACGGUGAAAAUGGACACACUUGUCUGGUUCCUCUUUGCAACUGGAAUGGUUUAGAUGUAUACAUUAGUUAAAUCUGCUGUUUUGAGAUAUUUGUAUAUUAACUAGGCUACCUUUUUAUAUUAACUAGGCUACCUACACUCUAACCACUGGGCUACCUGCCGACCCUACACUCUAACCACUAGGCUACCUGCCACCUCUACACUCUAACCACUAGGCUACCCUGCCCACUCUACACUCUAACCACUAGGCUACCCUGCCGCCUCUACACUCUAACCACUAGGCUACCUGCCACCUCUACACUUUAACCACUAGGCUACCUGCCACCUCUACACUUUAACCACUAGGCUACCUGCCACCUCUCCACUCUAACCACUAGGCUACCUGCCACCUCUACACUUUAACCACUAGGCUACCCUGCCACCUCUACCCUCUAACCACUAGGCUACCCUGCCACCUCUACCCUCUAACCACUAGGCUACCCUGCCACCUCUACCCUCUAACCACUAGGCUACCCUGCCACCUCUACCCUCUAACCACUAGGCUACCCUGCCACCUCUACCCUCUAACCACUAGGCUACCCUGCCACCUCUACCCUCUAACCACUAGGCUACCCUGCCACCUCUACCCUCUAACCACUAGGCUACCCUGCCACCUCUACCCUCUAACCACUAGGCUACCCUGCCACCUCUACCCUCUAACCACUAGGCUACCCUGCCACCUCUACCCUCUAACCACUAGGCUACCCUGCCACCUCUACCCUCUAACCACUAGGCUACCCUGCCACCUCUACCCUCUAACCACUAGGCUACCCUGCCACCUCUACCCUCUAACCACUAGGCUACCCUGCCACCUCUACCCUCUAACCACUAGGCUACCCUGCCACCUCUACCCUCUAACCACUAGGCUACCCUGCCACCUCUACCCUCUAACCACUAGGCUACCCUGCCGCCUCUACCCUCUAACCACUAGGCUACCCUGCCACCUCUACCCUCUAACCACUAGGCUACCCUGCCACCUCUACCCUCUAACCACUAGGCUACCCUGCCACCUCUACCCUCUAACCACUAGGCUACCCUGCCACCUCUACCCUCUAACCACUAGGCUACCCUGCCACCUCUACCCUCUAACCACUAGGCUACCCUGCCGCCUCUACCCUCUAACCACUAGGCUACCCUGCCGCCUCUACCCUCUAACCACUAGGCUACCCUGCCGCCUCUACACUCUAACCACUAGGCUACCCUGCCGCCUCUACCCUCUAACCACUAGGCUACCCUGCCACCUCUACCCUCUAACCACUAGGCUACCCUGCCACCUCUACCCUCUAACCACUAGGCUACCCUGCCACCUCUACCCUCUAACCACUAGGCUACCCUGCCACCUCUACCCUCUAACCCAGGGGUGUCAAACUCAUUUCGCAUCGUGGGCCACAUACGGCCUAGGGAGAUGUCAAGUGGGCCGGACCAUUAAAAUUAUACCAUACUCUGCUAUAAAUAACCAAAAUAUCAUGUCUUUCCUUUGUUUUGGUGUAAAGAAGCACAAGAACAUUAGGAAAAUAUUGAAAUUUAAUGAACUAUCCUUUUACAAAACAUUUCAUGAAACACCUCAUAUUUCCU